AUGGACAGUGGAGGCACGGCAACAGCUGCGGGUAUUGACCCCAAAAUUCUGGAUAAUUGGCAAACCGACGCUGCCUUUUCAGUCGCGUCCUGGGAACAGCUCGGAUACGAUCAAUCUCCCGAGUGGGAUACCAGCCAGGACUCGAGCCAGUGUGCCGAUGUCGCCGACUUGGGCGCCUUUCAUGACCCGCUAACGGGACCGCUGCUUGACCGCGCGGGCGAGAUUCCUCAUUUGGAGCAUAGGAAACAUGAUGGGUCUAUAGAGACCUUUACCUAUCCUGAUGGCACGGCCCAGGACACCGGCAGUGGCACCAUCAGCCCUCGCACUCUGCCGUCGUCCACCGAUGACAACUUCCAUGGCGACGAAACUUGGCCCCAUUUCCAGCUAUUCAACUCAGUGGCCGCGGGCAUGAAUAUGGAAGCCCCGAUUCUCUACCCCUAUGGCAAGGCUCCUGAUAAUUCUGCCGGGGCUGUCAUCGUGGAGGACACCGGAGACAUGCCGCAAGGCCCAGGUUACGCAGAUGCCCCGGCGGAGGCGAUUAUGUUUCAACAGGUGCCUCCAGGAUUCCCCAUGAUGGCAGAUCAAUGGCCGGAGAUUCCGCAUGGGGUACAGAUGGAGAAUAUGCCCGGGCAAGGCCAAGGAUCUGUGCCUCUCGCCUUGAACACUCCCAACCCUCAGAAAGAUCAUGUCUUGCGAGACUUUCAAUCUUCCAUUCGAUCACUGGAGUCACGUUGGCUGAACAGCCUCGAGUCUCAAUUGCCAGUGACCCAAAUGACCCCCGCCUCAUUACUCUCGUCACAGAAAACCAGUCGAAGUGCCCCAGAUGGAUUCCAGUACAAGUCCGAAAGUUCCUCGGUCUCAGGCGACCUGUCUGGAAUAUAUGAAUGCUCUUACUCCGCCACCAGCGAAGAGCCUCCUACAUUUGCUGAUCAGCAACGGGACGAUGACGCAAAAUGGAAAAUUCCAACCCCGGAUCACAGCUCCCCAGAGACGGCGCAGACAAUGCUGAAGACCACUGCAUUCAUGGUCAGCGAGACCCCACCGGAAUCUUUAAUCAGUACCAUUCCGUCACGAUCGCGGAAUCCCUCAUCAGCUGGCCAGCGUGCCUCCGGUCGACCGAUGCCUCUCGCUAUGCAGUCCGUGGCCACCGUGCGGAAGCGCAAAAAUCGAAACGCCCAGUCUUCCAUGGACCAGGGCCAACCUAAGCCGCUUCAGAUUGUCCAAGAAGAUGGACAAGGUGGCUCCAUCGCCUCUGCAGAUUUUGUUUCCCCACCGCGGGGCGCUCGUCGUAAAGGUCCUCUAAGCAUGGUUGGCCGAGCCAACGCUGGUUUGCGUCGAAAGAACAAGGACACCUGUGUCCAAUGCCGGUUGAACAAACGCAAGUGUGAUGGAAGCUCGCCUUGCGAUGCGUGUCGGCCGACACUGCACGAGCAGCCCUGCGCUCGCGCUUGUUUCUCUAGUAUUGUGGAGUUUGGAACCUGCAAUUAUAUCUCCCAACGAGCUGUCAACCACCCGACUGUCAAUGGGUCCAGCAGAGUUCGCCUGGCGAUUCCGUCUGAGUUUGACCUGAGUCAACUCUUGUCCUUCCUCUCCGACCGUCAAGGCCGAUUUAACAUCCGUGCCAGCCAGGCUUGGGGCUCUUUGUACGUUCUCGACCUCGGUGAGACCUAUAAGUUCCUGAAGAGCUUGAGCGAGUACAAUGGCAAUUCGAAGUCAACUUUCUUGGAGUUCAUUGAUCGCCGGAUUGUUGAAUCCAAGGACAAGUCGAAGAACUGGUUGACGUGUGUUAAGGAUUGCGACCCAAUGAACCAGGCCUACACUCUUCUCUCUCAGUGGAACAAUAUGCCGAGUCGCGCCAAGUAUUCCUUUGUUCCCCUUGAUGCCAACGGCCAAGAACGCGCCAUGGACGUCAGCAACCCCGAAGACCAGCGGGAUAUCCUUCUCGCCGCACAGCUAUCCCGCAUCGUUUGUCGCAUGAUGGAAGUAGAAGGUUUCCGGAAACUGGAGCGCGAUUUCUACAAUAUCAAAUGGAAGCAGAUCUCGCAUGAGACGCACAUUCGCUUCCUCGGCGAGCUCGGCCACAUUUUGCUCUCCCUCCGCUGGCGCGUCUCGUGGUGGAAGAUGCUAGGCGACGGCGGCCAAACUCCCGACCCAACCCAGCAACACUACAUCGAUCGUGUCGAGCUGCUCUGCCGCAUUCUGUACGUCUAUUACACCUGCGUUCUGGCCAAGCUGCCUUCCUGGUCGACCACCGAUGUCCCCAAGGGCACUUGGUCGUCGUAUGCAGACUCUGAGAAUGCGGUGUGGGAUGACUUCCCCUCGGACGCGACCGAUGCAGGCUUCUUGUCCUGGAUGCAGCGAGGUCAAGAACUGAUUGAGCAAGCGGGUGUCCCGGGCCGGGUGUCCAAAUUCUAA